AUGUCAUUGAAUAAAAACCAAAAAGAACAAGGGGAUAAAGCAAGAACGCAGAGACAAACAUGCACGGUCUUAGCCAUAGACCACAGCAACAUGUAUUACAGAGUCUGUGCUGUUUGUGAAAGGACUAUUUCCAACGCCACUGGUAAUGGCACUUCUUUCCUCUGCAAUUUCUGCCACUCCAACAACACCCCCAAACGACUAUUUCGAAUCCUGAUGUCAAUUGCAACAGACACAGAUGUAUUCACAGUCAUCUGCUUCGAUAGGGUUGCAAGGGUUCUCUUUGGUUGCUCUGCUGAUGAGUUUUUUGACUUUGCCAAGCUUCACCCUUUUUCUGGUGUCACUGUGAAUGAAAUUCUGGAGGGAGAGAUGUUCACAAUGACUUUAUCCAAACCAAUGAAUGGUAAAGCAGAAAAUGUAAGAGUUGCAUCUGCUGUUCCUUUGAGCUCUGGAUUUCGGCCUGCAAUUGAGGUUUUGAGAGAAUGCUACAAACCACAAGAUGCUUCAUAGUCACAAUGUAUAUUGUUUCUGUUUUAUCAUUUAAAUCUCCAUACUCCAUAUAUAGAUGCGUGUGUGUUUUUAUAGUUUGGUGAAUAGUUGGAAUCUGCUUGGUUGAGUAGAGGCUUGGUGGAAAGUGAGAAGGUGAAAAUUUUGGAAUGAAAACCACUUUCCAGUGGUAUAACAAAGCUAUAAGAUGGUAGAACAGUGUGUUACUUUAUUCUAUACAACAAACCAUAACCUCAGUGUAGGCCUUGAUUCGUGAGAACAAGUUUAAUCUUCAUUUCUGUUAGUACUAGAAGAGUUCAUUUGUG